AUGUCGAUAAAAUGGAUCGACGCUACAGACGCGGAGGGUUCACUGAGAACGGGCUUUCGUAUCUCCUUGAGAAACGCUCACGGCUGGAGGGACUUCGUCUUGAUUGCUCUCGAGCAUCUCGUGAUUGAAAUGAACGGCCUGGAUGAACUGCCUCACAACUUCGGCAAUCUGAGGCUGCUCAAAUCGCUCCAUCUGAUCGGCUGCCAGUGUCUCUUUUCCAUUCCCGAUUCUUUCGGGCAGCUUACCAACUUGACGCAACUUUCCAUCAGUGGCUCCACAAGGCUUCAGCUGCCCGAGUCCAUCUCCAACCUUACAUCACUGCUGACCCUCGAAAUUUCCAACUGCCAAGACCUUUUACCGCUGCCCGAGAGGUUCGGGAACCUGCCAGCGCUUGAAACCCUACGUCCGGAGAAUGUGUGGGGGAUCACAAAUCUGCCCGCGAGUCUCGGGCAGCUGACUUCCCUGGCAAAUCUUAUCCUCGCCGGUAUGACACUCCACCAUCUGCCUGACGGCGUCGCUCUCCUCCCACGCCUACGCACGCUCAAGCUACAUGUUAGCAUUGCUGUACAGCUGCAUCCCUCCGUAUACCUUGCCACCACGCUCAAAGAGCUCACAAUCUCAAAGUCUGAAACUCUACAUUCUCUGCCCGAAGAAUUCGGGCAGCUUACUGCCCUCAAGGUCCUGCGCCUAAUUCAGCUUUCGCGGCUCAGCAGCCUGCCCGCGCCGCUUGGCAACCUGACAAGCCUCAAGGAGCUGGAAAUAUCCUUCUGCAGCCUGCUGACGGAGCUUCCAGACUCGCUGACUCUGCUUUCUUCCCUUGAGCUGCUGGUAAUCAGUUACUGCCGCUACUUGACAGUGCUACCACAGGGCAUGGGGGAUGGUCUGUCUAGCCUGCGCAGACUGAUUCUGCUCCAACCCAGGGCUCUCACCCACCUCCCUCCAUCCUUCUCCAACCUCUCCUCCCUCGAAACCCUACAAAUCUGUGGUGCACCCAGCUUACGAGGCGCGCUACCAAGCGAGUUCUCCCACUUGACAAGCCUCAAGGAGCUGUAUCUUUCCUCCCUGCCGCACCUGCCCGCCCUGCCCGCCUCCCUCCCUGCCAUCGCCUGCACUCUCACCAGCCUCGUGGUCAUCAAUUGCGCGCGAAUCGAGGCGCUGCCAGAGGAUAUCGGACGGCUGGGAUCGCUUGAAACAAUCCAUCUCAGCGAUCUGCCCAAUCUGAAGUCGCUCCCUCGGUCACUGUGGCAGGUGCAGCGGUUGAAGUCUCUAACACUGUUUGGCUGCAGCGCGUUGGAGUCGCUGUUUGAGGAUGAGGACACAGGGGUUGCACACACGGGGGAUGCACACCUAGGGGAUGCACUCACAGAAGCUGCCGGGCAUGACCUUGCGGGGAGAAUCACCCACCUCAAGGUAGCCGGUCACACGGGUAGCAGCAGUGCCGCUGGCAGCUGUGGGGGAUCCGAGGAGGGUGACAUGGGUGUGUGGCUUCCAUCCCUCGAGGUCCUUCGGCUUGUGAAUCUUCCCCUGCAGCAGCUCGGUCCAUUGCUGGGCUGCUUCCCAUCGCUAACCACGCUGGAAAUCAGCGGCUUGAAUCGUCUUCGCUUGCUCCCACAUUCCAUCUCUCGCCUCUCUCGCUUGCAGUCACUCACAAUCAGUUCUGCCGACAGCCUGCUUGCUCUGCCAGAGACAAUAGGGAAGCUCUCAGCUCUCACAUCCCUAUACCUUACCGAUGCCAUGACCUUAACUGCUCUGCCCGAGUCAUUCGGGCAGCUGAAGAAGCUUCAAUCUUUUUCUGUUGACAGCAGCCCGGGCCUAACCAGCCUUCCCGAGUCCUUCCCUGAUCUCUGCAGACUGGAGUCGUGUUAUUUGUGCGAGGUCGGAAUUUCGUGCCUUCCAGAUGACUUCUGGAAGCUCUCUGCUUUGAAAGAACUCUCUCUGGUGUCACUGCCCAAGUUCCACAGCCUGCCCGAAACUUUUUCGCAGCUGCCCGGACUGGAGGACUUGGCCCUGCGUGAGUGCAAGCGGCUGGCUCAGUUACCCGCGGGCCUGCAGCAGAUGGGGAAGCUGCUGGCAUGCGUUGUCAGUAGAUGCCCGCUGCUGUCCAGACGCAGGGUUGUGAUCCAUGGUACAGUGAACCUGGACGAGGGAGAGCGUGCAGUGGGUGGCUCGGAAGAAGAUGAUGAAGGGGAAGCGUGGAUGGGGGAGGAUUAG